AUGCGAGUGCAGAAAAUAAGGCACAGAUUUGAAUGUAAUCUACGUUUUUUGCUAACCUGGCUGAUUUUAUCAGCAGUUGCUUGCAUCAUUUAUGUCUUUGUCGUUUUUGGCUCACUUUUGAACAAAACGGUGCUUCCCAGCAACAAUGUUCCCAGCACAAUCCCAUAUAUCACAGUACCAUCUGAUUAUAACGUGUUCUUGGAAUUCAAUUCAACACCAAGUGCAAUGAGUCGGGAAUACACAGGAAGCAUCCGAAUGAAUUUUGUCGCUCGGGAUGUAACGCAGCAACUUUUCUUUCAUCGAGGUGAAAAAAUCAAAAUAUCUUCCAUAACCCUGGAAGACUCAAAUGGAACAACAAGUAGUCCCACUGCAGGAGCUUAUGAUAAAUCGACCGGAGUUCAAGCAUAUAUUCCAAUUUCGAACCUGACAUCUAAAGAAAACUAUAUCCUUCGAAUCGAUUUUAAGGGUGAACUGGAUUUUCAAAACGGUGGUCCCGAGCAUUUAGAAUACACUCUGGAAAAUGGGACAACGAAAUACUCGAUAGCAUUUGGAAACUCGGUGACCGCUUCCUCAGGCCUUCGAUAUUUGAUGCCUUGUCUUGAUGCGCCCGACUUUUCUGCAGUUUUUAAUUUCAAUAUUCGUCAUUCGCCCAGGUAUCGAGUUGUCUCCAAUUUUCCUGGACAAACUCAACAGUCUAUAUUGCACACGGCAACCAUAUUCAAUGCGAGCUUUGCCAUGGAUCCAUCGCAAGUGGCGCUUGCCUUGAUUGAUAUUCAAUUGAUGCCAACGACAGUUCAACAGAGCGGUUUGACAAUUAACAAAUACUACCGAAGAAAUGUAGUAAACACUAUUUCAACUGAGCGAAUCAUCCAAUUUAUGGCAGCAAGAUCUGAAUUAAUUGGGAAAGUUGAUGUGCUAGCACUGCCUUUGCUAUCAGCAACGCAGCAACCUGGAAUAACUUUUUACAAUGAGAACGAUGUGAUCAGAGAAAAUGUGGACUUGGGAUCAAUUGGUCCGAUUUGA